UCCGCCAGGCCAAUACGUGGCACGGCGACUGGCUGGAGUUCAUGACGCGCGUCAAACUGCAGCCGCAGGUACGAGGCGCAGAUCGAGAUGAUUGAGCGGGAUUAUGGCGAUCGGGAGGUCGCGGAACUGUGGCCGCGACUGCUGCGCUGCCUACCGGAAUUCUUUCGAGACAUCAGUGUGGAGCCGGCGCUGCUGCACGGUGACCUGUGGUUUGGAAACACGGCCGAGGUGGACCACGAGCCAGUGUUGUUCGAUCCCGCCACCUUCUAUGGACACGCCGAGUUCGAUCUCGGAAUCGCGAAGAUGCUCGGGGGAUUUGGAGCCGACUUCUACAGAGCGUACCACGAGUUGCUGCCAAAGGAGGUUGGCUUCGAGUCCAGAAACCGGCUCUACCAGCUCUUCACGAAGCUGAAUCAGUGGAAUCACUUCGGGACCGAAUACCGCGGCGGCUGUCUGUCGCUGAUGAGGUCGCUGGUGGAGCAUCAGUGAUCUGACUUC